AUGAACUCCAGAGGUAGAAGGGAAAGACUCAAAUAUCUGGUAGACUGGGAGGGGUAUGGACCAGAGGAGCAGUGCUGGGUCCCAGCCCAGGACAUUCUGGAUGCAAAUCUGCAUAGCGACUUCCACGCAGCGCACCCAGACAGACAAGGCCCCCGGAGGAGAGGGAGGCCUUGGGGGGAUUCGGCUCCCGGAGCUCUGAAUGAAAAUGAUACAGAUCUCACCGAUCUUCUGAACAGGCUCGAAGAACAGCUUAACCUGGAUCUCGGUUGGGAGGCAGGAGUUGCGCACACACACAGCUGUAUGGGAUAUGUGAAGUUUCUUCUAGGCUCCAAUAUUGAGGCUCUCAGCAACUUAGAGAGAUCUGUAGAGCUCACCAAGUCUCAUGGAAAUGACUGUGACAAGCUGCUUGUUGUUGCCUAUGGAGACCUUGCAUGGUUAUACUAUCAUAUGGGUAAUUUUGCAGAAUGUGAAAGCUACCUGAAUAAACUGAGCGAAAUUAAAGAGAAAUAUCCGUCUGUCCCAUACGCCGAGGUGCUUGGAGAAAAAGGAUGGACCUUCCUCAAGUUUUCUCGGAAAUAUUAUGAAAGGGCUAAAGAGUGCUUCAGGAAGGCCCUGGAGCUGGACCCAGAGGAGGGUGAAUGGAAUGCCGGCCUUGCCAUUGCUCUGUAUCGGGCAGAUGAUAUGUUCAAAGAUCCAGUGGUAAUUGAUCAACUUAGACGGGCCAUAGCCACUAACCCAGAUGAUGAUGUUCUUAAAGUUCUGCUUGGUUUGAGAUUGGCUGCUUACAAAAAGUAUAGAGAGGCAGAGAGCCUAGUGGAGCAAGCCUUAGAGCGGUCUCCAGAACACCCCCAUGUGAUGCGAUAUGUUGGGAAGUAUUUCCGGAAUGAAGGAUCUGUGGACAGGUCUAUUGCCCUUCUAAAGAGAGCGUUAGAGAAAGUGUCCAACGCAACCUUUAUACACCAUCAGCUGGGGCUCUGCUACAAGAAAAAGAUCCUGAAUCUGAUGCAAGCAGGAAGCCACCACACAAAAGGUUUUGAAAUUAAGUGACCUCGAGAGCAGUGUAUUUACCAUUUGUAGAUGGCAAUUGAACUGAAGACCAGCUUCAUCAUUGCUAUGAAUGAACUGGCCCUCCAGUAUGGGGCGAACCGGGAUAAGCUGAAAGCAGAAGAAAUGUUCCAGAAUUCAUUUCAGGUAGCUAGAGAAAAAAACGAGCACAUACAGUCUGUUCAUCACUGUUAUGCAGAAUUCCAGCAGUACUGUAUGAAAUGUGAGCCUGAUGCCAUCAAACACUACACUGAAAGUCUGAAGAUAAAUCCAAAUACAUAUAAUGGAAGGAAAAGUGCUAAAAGUCUGCAAAAGAUUGCAGAGAGAAGAAUUGAGAACAACCCAAGGGAUGGAGAGGCCUUUGGAAUACUUGGAAUCAUUCAUAAGGAAAAAGGAGAAAAACAACAAGCCUUGAGAAAAACAACAAGAGUGCUUUGAGCAAGCGCUGAGCUUUGUAGACAAUGAGGAUUACCUCACAGAUCUUUGUGAACUUAGGCUUUCAUUACAGUAAUAUUACCAAUAUGCAUUAUGUUACACAGAAAAUUAUUUACACAUUCAUGUGAUUUAAUGGUAAUAGUGUAAUAUCUGUAAUAAUAUAUGUACUGUGGAUAAGACACUAAGAUUAAUCUUAGUAAUGGUUUGAAUUUAUGAUCAUUAGGCCAGUAUAAUAUUUGAUCAUUAAUAAAUUUCUUUUCAUUAUGAUGAAUAUAAAUUUAGGUUGUUCUCCUGCAACAAAAUGAACAUAAAGAUUUUUUUAAUCGUGCGUGUAUGUAUGUAUGUAUGUGUGUGUGUGUGUGUGUGUGUGUGUGUACCAGAAAACCGAGAGAUGAUAUGCUGCUGUAUUAAGACGAAAUGACCAAUUGUCCUUUGAUUUUGUCUUACAUCAUUUACACUUCACAGUGUACACUUCACUAACCCUAACCCUUAGUUGUGGAACCAGCUAAUAACACUAUGUCGGUGGUCCUCCAAGAAAAAAAAAAAGCAGAUUACAAUCAGUAAUGCACAUCAGAAAUGUCAAUGUGCAUAAAACGUAAAGUGCAGGUUUAUUGCAGAACACAUACCGCAAACACACGUCCAACUUAUUUUCUCUUAGAAGUGAGGAUGUCUAUGUAUAAAAGCCUCGCAUGGCAGCGGUGGGAUUCGAACCCACGCCCCCGAAGAGACUGGAGCCUUAAUCCAGCGCCUUAGAC